AUGGACCAAAAUACUACCCAAAUGUCUAGAGAAUAUGAAUAUGAAAUUCAGUUUUUUGGAUUCACUCCAGAUUCAUUCGUAAAUGGAGGUAAGACUGAGUUCUAAUGUCAUCUUGUUUAGAAAGCUAAUCAACUUAACUCAGCUGAGAUAGUUUUUGUGUCCACAGAACUUUUCCUUUUUGUGUAUUACUUCCUCAGUUUAUAAUGCUGUUAAUGACUAUGUGGUUGACUGCUUUCAAGAACUUGAAAAUCUUGUCAAAAGCGAGGUAGGUCUUAACAUUGAGUUUGAAUCUAUAGUCUGUAUGCUUUGACACUUUACAGCACUCACUUUUGAACUUCGUCCUAAAUAGAUAGUGGAUAGUGGGCAAGGGCCUGUUUGGAGUGGGGUAGAGACAAGAAAAGUUAAAAAAGUUCAAAUUUCAAGUAAUCCGUAUCGCAGGCUUAGAUGUUUUCCGUAUAACAACAGUUUAGCUUUUUGAAGUGCAAGCAAGAAUCUGACAUAUGGGAUACCCCCACCCCUGCCCACCACCAAGGGUCAACAAAACCUGAAUCGUAGCCUUGUAGUAGGCGCCGGUAAUUAUUACAUAACAGGCUGUGCGAGGGGAACAUGAGUUGUCGAGAUUUCUUCCCUUGCCCUGAAAAAAGUUGGCACUAUGGAUGCUACCUGGAUUGGACCAGAUUGGAUCAAGCUACCUCUGUGAUUCACUAAACAACAAAAUUUAGGGAUAGGGUUACAGGGGUUGAACCGACCCAGUCCAAUCCACGUAGUGUCCUCCUCUUUCACCCCCCACCCCCACCUCUUUACAGCUGUUCACCCCAGUCCAGUUGAAUACCAACCACGAACAUCUGAUUUAUGUGAUUAUUUAACUUGAAAACUAUUACUCUCUUCACAGCCAUCACUGUCUGGAAAUGUUAAUCAAGAACAACUUCACGAGGUAUGAUUCACUACAAAAUAUUAAAGGCAGCAGCCGCUUCAGCAAAGACCAACAACAUUUUUGGUCUGAUGAUGGAGCCAGUAAUUUUUUGAAGGUUUUCAGCCCUAAAAAUUCCUGGGUUGCCAUAGCCUCCAAUUACAGACAUAUUUCCUGUUGUCACUUCUCUCCACCCUUUUUGGGUGGUGAGAAGCUACAACCGGAAAUACGUCUGCAUUCGCAGGCUAGGGAUGCCACUUAGGUGUUCACAAAGGCUUCCCAUCAGAUUACUAUUGUAUCAUUGCCCAUACAGAUCUGAAUAUUGUUAAACAAUAAUAAUAAUAUUGAUAACAAUGAAAUUACUGUAAUUCUGUAUUUCACCUAGGAAAGUGAUAAAAUGGCUAAUAAUUUCUACAAGAGCAUAGACGAGGCUUUUGACAGAUUUGAGGUAGGAAACAAAGGAAUGGUUUAUCAUAACGUUGCUAACAGUGUUUGAAUACCUGUACAUGUAACUAUAGUGUUGUUUAAAUAUAUUAUUAUUUAUUAUAAUUUGUUGAUUUGUUUUUCACAGAUCUAUGUAAAGAAAAACAUCUUAAAAAUUCCUCCUCAUGUUCUCUUACCUGAAGAUAAGGUAAAAAAAUGACUAUUUCCCAUCAGGUUAAUUACCAUCUAAAGGCCCAAUGUGAUUUUGUCAUUAAUUUUGUCACUUAAUUUUAUAUGAAGACGCUUAUUAUUAAGGAGGUUGCCAGUCUGUGUAUGAAAUCCUAUGGUGCUACCAUUAGAGUGAAACCUUGAUUCGGUAGUAUUUUCACAUGGUACUAUCCUAGUAUGUUCUAAAUGUAGAGUGUGAAGAUAAUAUCCUAUGGUGUGACUAAUUUGGUUUAAAGAAAAGCACUUGUAAAGACUGUUUUGUAUUUAACAAGUAAUAACUGAUUUUACAUAUGGACAUACAUUCCUUAUUUUGUUGAUUAUUGGAUUAUUUUAUUGACUAUUAGACAAGUAAUUGUAGUUAGGUGUCCUUAGUUAGUGUACAACGUAUACUAGCAACCUUGACACUAUAAUACUGUUCUUACUUACUUACUUGCUUCCAGUUUUUAUCUUUCUUUGUUUUUGACCCAUUAAUGUACAUUAGAACUAAGGAAGUUAACUUUAAGGCCAAGGAUUUUUUUAGCACACAGCUACUAUGUUAGAUUUAUGAUAUGAAGUAGUUGAAAAACUGUUCAUUGGUCUGGUCAGGUGCACCAUGAUAAACUAUAUACAGUGGAAGAUGAGAAAAAGGUUGACAAGGAGAUUGAAGAACUGGAAAGAAAAAUCAAAGCAGUAAGUACAGGUGUCGCGGAAAGUAUUAGAGUUUGGACCUUGUAAUGUUCUUAGCCUGAGAAAACAGCCAACAUUUUGAAAUGCCACCACCGUUUUCCCUGGAAAACAACAUCUGAGGAAGGAGCACAGAAAUUCCAUUCUAAUGACGUGUCACUACCCAGAUCUGGGUAGUGCUUGGUCAUGCAACAUCUUUGCUUCAACCAAAUUGUUUGAAGCAAAGUUCCCACAUUGCACGGCCAAUCGGAAGCUCUGCCCAGAUCUGGGUAGUGACACAUCUUCAUUUUGGAAUUUCUCUACACUUGGGAAACCAGUGGUGUCGGCAAAGGUCAGCUAUUUUCUCAGGCUUCGUUAACUUUCUGCAUUUUUUUGUGGUCGGGGGGAGGGGGGAUAAGAGGAGUACUUAAGUUAAGUUUAGUGUAGCAGUUGCCACCAAAGGGGAGUAGCUACCUGUACACCAGUACAUGCAUCUGAAAAAUGUGUUGAACAAAAAUAGAAAAACAAGGCAAGUGAACAGAAGUUAAAAAUGGCGCAACUGCCCUUUACGUAACUCAAAAUGCAUUGUUUUUUCCCUUAUUUUGUCACACGUGGAAGCCAUAACUAGUACCUGAAAAAUAUGGUCCUGAGACUAAAGGAGAUUUUUACCUCACCAGAUUUAAAAAAUGGAAAUGUAAUCAAGUCACACACAUGAAAACAAUUGGGGAAACAGUGUGGGAUUGAUUUGGAAAACUGUGCAUACCUCCAGAAAAUUUUUUAACCCAACCCCUGCCACUUUGUCAUUAACCUUUAAGUCCCAAUAGUGACCAACAGCAAUUUUCUCCUAACAAUACCCAUAGAUUGUCAAGAGAUAAGGUUGUGAGAAUAUAAAAAAUGAUCAUGAAAGAGAAAAUGCCGUGAUGUUUUGUUAAAUUCUCUCAACUGAUUCUUAAAGGAAAUGUAUGGAGAUCAGGUUAGAGAAUUUGUAUGUGGAUACUUGGGCUUAAAGGGUUAAGCCAACAACAACAAAAAAAAGUGUCUAUUUUUUAGCCAAAUUACUUUGGUUGUCAAGAGGUGGUUGAAACGUCGUGUUCCACUGCAUUUCACAAGUUAGAAAGUAGCAACCUUCUCAAUAUGAGUGCUGUGCAUUAAUAGAAAUAAAAAUUGAUAUUUUGUUUGCCAGUUAACUGAUCACCACUUCUAAUUUAUAAUAACAGGCCAAGUACGUAAAUACAGCACUGAAACAGGAAGUAAAAGAUUUGGAUGAUGCACAAGAACAGGUGAAUAAUGUUGGAUGUUGGGUGUGAGCACAAAAAAUUACCAAGUUCUGGGCCCUGUUCCUCGAAGGAUAGUUAACUUUAACCCAGGAUUAAGCCAGGUUAUCUUGUCUAAGGACAUGUAACUCGAGCUUAUAAAAUACUGACAUUGACCCUUUACUCCGAGAUACAGUCAUGAUACACAAAAUGUUACUCUAAGCAAUACAUAGGAAGGUAAAACACAAAAUCGGAACAAAAUUUUAAUCCUAAAUUAGCACUAAUCGGCCUCUAAGGAACUGCGCCCCGUUUGUGAAGAGUACUGUUUUUUGAAUUUUUUUGUUAAUGGACGUUUUUUGAAAACACUUUAGCUUGACAACUUUGGAAAACAGAUGGAUGUGAUACAAAAGGCCUCAGAAGGUACUUGAAGUUCUUGAUCAAUAUUGUUGCCAUUAUUCGGUUUUCUCACAUAGUCUCAAGAUUUUUGUUGACUUUGUCAGAUCUACCUGUUGAAUUUUAUUUUUGUCAGGUCUCAAGGAGAGUCUUGCUGUCACAUUUGAAGAAGUAAAGAAAGUUCAUGAAAUGAUAUCAGAUGGGCUCAGUGCAGGAACGCUUCAAGUUCAGGUAUAAAAUUGUUCAAAUUGGCAAAAAAGUCAGCAAAUUCCCAGCUUGGCUGUGGUGAAUGAAAAGCUUUGUACUAUAUGUACUAAAGAUAUGCUUUUUUUUUUCACUUUGUGCCCCUCUUUCAGACCUCAUCUGAUGGAAACUGUCCAAAAGACAGCAAAAAGAAGAAAAUAAAACUAGGAUGA